AAUAUGAAAACUUUACCUUAAAAAGAAUAAAAAGAAAAACCCAUCCCUUAAAACUAAAAAUAUUUACAUUUUUCUACACCUUCAAGAAAAACCCAAUUAAAAUUUCAGAUAUUUGGCUUUUAGGACUGUAAACUAAUUUACUGGAGUGUUGUUUUUGUAGUGAUGAUGGAAAAUUCAAGUUCACCGGAAAAUAAUAGUGUCGUCAACAACGUCAGCUUAGAGAAUGAAGAGGAAGCUAAGGUGAAAAAUGAAGAGAGUGAACGGAACUUUUCUUCAGGGAACCGUUGGCCGAGGCAAGAGACUUUAGCUUUGUUGAAGAUGAAAUGGACGUUGCUUUUAGAGACUCCGGUGUCAAGGCUCCUCUCUGGGAAGAUGUUUCCAGGAAAAUGGCUGAGCUGGGAUUUAUUAGAAGUGCCAAGAAAUGUAAGGACAAGUUUGAGAAUAUCUACAAGUACCAUAGGAGAACCAAAGAAGGUCGGUUUGGGAAAUCGAAUGGGAAGAAUUAUAGGUUUUUCGAUUAAUUAGAAGCAUUUGAUCAUCAACAUUCUUUUGUUCCACCUGCCAGUGUAAAUUUCAAUGCCUCAGUGGAGCCUUUGAAUGUUAUCCAUGAUGCUAUUCCGUUUUCGGCCUGAAAUCCAGCUUCGAAUUUCAAUGUA